AUGAAGCAGAGCUCCAUCUAUGUUUCCAUAAUAUCCGAGCAGUUGAAGAGGUAUCGGGCAAAGGAGCUUGCCAAGGGGGGGGAGCCGCAGACCUCGACCUCGACCUCGACGGCUGCUACCACCACCAACGGAAAGGGAAAUAAGAAGACCAAGGGUAAGGGUAAGGCCAAGGCCAAGAAGGGAGGAGCGAAGAAUGCUACCAUCGAUUCGUUUUUCGGGAAUACAGCUGGGCCUGUCGGCGCGGCCGCCACAUCGGCGGCGCUGGCGGCUGCGGCAUCAGAUAACGACGGUGAGAAGUUGGGACAACAUAAGGAGUUGAGGUCCGCUCGGCAGCCGAAGUUGAUCACUGGCGGGAUCAUGAAGGACUAUCAGCUUGAAGGUCUGGAGUGGCUGAUCACUUUGUACGAGAACGGUCUCAACGGUAUCCUUGCGGACGAGAUGGGCCUCGGAAAAACGCUCCAGACAAUCAGCUUCCUCGCGUUCCUGAGGGAAAAGGGGAUCAAGGGUCCAUUUCUGGUGGUCGGACCGGUUAGCGUUCUUUCCUCCUGGGUCGACGAGAUCGCUAGAUGGGCGCCGGACAUGCCAGCUCUGCUCUACCAUGGCAACCCGAAGGAACGUGCGGAGCUUCGCCGCACCCAUAUGAGCAAGAACCUGAUCGCCUCCGGAGAGUUCCCGAUCAUCUGUACGAAUUAUGAGAUGAUCAUCCGUGACAAACCCGUCCUCAGCCAGUACCAGUGGAAGUACGUCAUUAUCGACGAGGGGCACAGACUCAAGAACAUGAACUGCAAGCUCGUGAAGGAGCUCAAGACGUAUACAUCCUCGAACCGUCUUCUCCUAACGGGUACACCUCUACAGAAUAACCUCUUAGAGCUCUGGUCCUUGCUCAAUUUUCUCAUCCCCGAAAUCUUUGAUGAUUUCUCUCACUUCGAGAAUUACUUUGAUUUUAGCAAAAUCCAAGAUAAGGACAAAGCCGCGCAUGCGGCGUUCAUGAAGGAAAACGAAGAGACGAACCUAGUUGGCUCGUUACAUGCGCUUCUCAAGCCCUUUCUCCUGAGGAGGGUGAAAACGGAUGUGGAAACGGAUCUGCCGCCGAAGAAGGAGUACAUCUUGUACGCGCCGCUGUCUCCGUUGCAGAAGGGCCUCUACGGAGCGUUGUUGGAGCAUAGAGCCGUCGAAUUUUUGACGGACCUAAUCCUCAACAAGGACAAAGUCACCUACGACUCGUCUACCAAGAAGCGCAAACUUGUCGAAGGCCAAAACGGAUCUACCCCCAAGAAGACCAAGACGGAGUCCUCGGUCCUUGUGGAGGGAAAGCGUACGCGCAAGGCCGUUUGUUAUCGAGAGGACGUACCGUUCAGCGAAUGGUAUACCGCAUUCGAGAAAGAGGGUAAUGCUUCUACUGAAGAGGAUGAAGUGGUUCCGGAGAUGUCUGAGCAUCAGAAGGCCGUUAUGACUUCCCUCCGCGAGGUUGGGAAUAAGAAGUUGCAGAACAUGAUCAUGCAGCUUCGUUUGGUGUGCAACACGCCCCACCACUUCUUCUGGCCCUUCCAUGAUAAGCCAGUCCCGGACAAAACCUUGGUCACUUCCAGCGGGAAGAUGAUGCUCCUGGAGCGUCUGGUUCCCGCUCUCAUUGAGCGCGGGCAUAAGAUCCUCAUAUUCAGCCAAUUCAAGGCCAUGCUCGAUAUCAUUCAUGAUUGGGCUGAGCUUUUACAUGGUUGGGAAGUGUGUCGUCUCGAUGGUGCGGUUGCGCAGGUGGACCGCCGUGCCGCCAUUAAACGCUUCAAUACUGCAGAAUCAGCCAAGUUGUUCCUGUUGACGACCCGUGCCGGUGGUCUCGGUAUCAAUCUUACGAGUUCGGACACGGUCAUCCUUUUUGACAGUGACUGGAAUCCCCAGAUGGACUUACAGGCUCAGGACCGCGCCCACCGCAUCGGCCAGACGAAGCCCGUCGUCAUCUACCGGUUUGCGACCGCGAAUACCGUCGAGCAGACUCUUCUGGACAAGGCUGAUGGCAAGCGUCGCCUCGAGAAGCUAAUCAUCCAGAAGGGCAAAUUCAAGAGCUUUUCCAAGGACGCUUCUAAAGACGACGCCGAGGCUUUGGAUUCGCUUAUUCUGAAAGAGGAUUUCGAAAAGGUCACAGUGGUCGAAGAGGGAGAUCAGAUACUCUCGGACGCGGAACUCGAAGCGUUGCUCGAUCGUUCCCCGGAGGCUUUUGCUAAGGAUGCUGUCGAGAGCAAGGCCCUCAAGGUUGUCUAG